CCCGCAGCCAGUCCACUCACCGCUCAUUCAUCCCGCUAGGACGCGUCACCAAACUACACGCAGCUCCGGCGCAACUCCACUUCCAAACACUCGCAACAUCUGAGGGAGACCGAGAGAGAGGGAGAGGGAGAAAGAAAAAAAAACACGCUAUCUCCUUCUUCUUUCCUUUUUUCCUGCGCAAACGACAGAAAGUGUCUCCGAAAUUAACAGUAAGUUGAAAGAGACUGCGGAGCGGAAGAGUUGGUGAAAUAAAUCUCGAGUACUUCAUCCCGGACCAGUGACAGGGAGGUGAAUGGACCUCCACCGGCCCUUCAAGAUGGACAGCCCCUCCUACCUGCCGGCUCCACUGGCCUCCCCCGCUCUGAUGGUGCUCGCCUCCACCGCAGAGGCCGGGCGAGACGCCUCCGUGCCCUGCCAGGCUCCCAGACCCUUCGGCGUCCCUGCCUCAGUGGAGAAGGAUCUCCACCUCCCCUUCCCCUCAGCCUCCUACACCUUCACCUCCAUGUACCAGCGCCAGGGCCCCAUGUCGGGCGCUUUCCCGUCCCGAGACUUCCCAGCCUCCCUGCUCCACCUGCACCCUCAGUUCAGCGCACCAAACCUGGACUGCUCCACCCUGGGCAUGCUCAACCACAGCGGGGUGGGCGCCUUCCGACCUUUCUCCUCCCCGCAAGAGGAGAGGGAGUCGGGGUGUUAUCAGUCAGCUUUCACCCCCGCCAAGAGGCUGAAAAGCUGCUUUCCGGAGCUGGAGGGGAAAGAGUUCGACUUUGGCUCCCUUAAAGCUGCGGAGGAGACGGGGAGGAAGCUUUUCUCCAUGUCCGGCCUUUUGUCUGACGGAGAGGCUUCGUCGAGCCCAGAGGAGCGCAAAGAGCGCAGCAAGGUGAAGGGUCUUUAUGACACACAGGCCCCCGUGUGUCCAGUCUGCCAGGCCGUCCUCCGACCCGGAGAGCUGCAGGACCACAUGGAGCAGGAGUUAACCAAACUGACCCAGCUACAGAUCAGUCCCACUCCAAUGCAGCUUGAAAACCUCAUGAGGACGCCGAAGUCUCUUUCACUCUCUUUGCAUAUUAAGCGGGAAGGAGGAUCUCCUACCUCACCCCUUCGACCAUCUGAGGAAGCGCACUCAGACCGAUACCAGACAUUUCUGCGGGUCCGCGCCAACAGACACACAAGACUAAACGUCGAUGACCUCUGCUGGUGCAGGUGCUACGUCAAAUCUGGCCCAUUGCGCCCACACAGCGCAGGAGCCCACCUAGACUGCACACAAGCUGUCAGGAUCGGGAAACUGAAGAGGAGGAAACCCGAGGAAGCACAGGAGGGUUCAGCAGACUUGAUACCGUUGGAGAAUGAGUGGAAUGACAGGACAAGGAUACAGAUGGCAUCUACGGGGUUUAAAGGGGCCAUGCUGUUGAGGACGACUUCUAAGGAGUGCCGUGACAGCGAUGUGGACCUGGACGUGGACGGAGACGAUACUCUGGAGUACGGCAGAGCGCAAUACACUGAGACGGAUGUAAUCCCCUGUUCAGGAGAGAGCUCCAAAGAGUUGACAGUAAACAGCAGCAGGAGCAUGUUGCCAGAUUCCAGAGUGAACCUUGACUUUUCCAAGUGGUCAAAUGAUGGGAGUCCAUCUACAAGCUCUGGAGAUAAACAGGACACGGGCACAGCCGGUCUUCCAAAAACCUGCAAAAACACUGAGAUUGAGACGAUCUCAGAGGAUUCCACGCCAACAACACUGGAUGCACUUAAAGCUCGGAUACGGGAUUUGGAGAAACAGCUGUCUAAAGGAGACAGAUUUAAAUGCCUCAUCUGCAUGGAAACAUACACAACACCGCUCACCUCCAUACAGUGUUGGCAUGUUCACUGCGAAGAGUGUUGGCUGCGGACGCUGGGAGCAAAGAAGUUGUGUCCUCAGUGUAACACCAUCACCUCCCCUGGAGACCUGAGGCGGGUUUACUUGUAACUUAACGGUGGAGGGACGUCUCCUGUUCAAUCAGAGGUGGACCUGUGGGCAGCUGGUCUGUCAUACACUCCCACCUUCCUCUUCACCUGUUCCUGAUCUCACCUGUUGUCAGCUUACUCUUAACAUUGUCAGACCCCAAGAGAAAGCAUCUCUGACCUGUACAAGAUCCAAGUUUCUGCUGCAGCACCAGCAAGAUCUGAAGAAGCAUCAACUUAGAGCUCAGGCACGAAAAAAAAAGAAGCUAUAUUGGGACAUUAUUUAUCAAUUUUCUAUUCCUUUUAUCUACUUUAUGGGGAAAAAAGUUGGAUUCAGUUAAACUGCAAAGCACAUGUACAUAGUUUUAUGUAUGUACGGAGUAAUGUGUGUGUGUAUAUGAUGUUGACCCGCGCCAUAAAUUUGUAUUCACUGUACAGUUUGUCUUUGCUUCACAUCCCAUUUGUUUAGUUGCUUAAAAUUUGAAACAUUUAUAAUAAUCUCAUCAUCAUUUGACUAAUUUUGUGUCUUUUUUUGUAUAUCAUCAUUAAACCUACUUUUG